GUGAGCUGGCCGCGCAUGCGCCACGCGCCCCUUUUAUGCCCUUUUAAGCCUACCUAGCGUCACGCCUUUGUGACGUCACAAAGUGUUUCACAGGCGACUCGACAGGACAAACGGUUGAAUUCAGCUCAACAGACAAGAUGUUUAGCGUUGUGGAGUUUUGUCAGGAGUUCGAUUUUAAAUUUACGAAUAAGCAGCUUUUUAAUCAAAUUAAAGCUCUGGAAUUAGCCUGUAAAAACGUUUACAAACGUAUCGAAAAACGGGAGACGAGCGACAAACUUGACAGAAAUGUUAGGGGAGUGAAUGCAGAGCAAACUUGUGACAUAAAUGAACUGGAUUAUGGUUUAAGCCGAGAACAUAAUGAAGAAUUGUUUUUGGACAAAUCCUUGACUUUUGGCCGUGUAAAAAGUGAGAAUGAGGAAAAAAUGAGAUGCAAAACGCUUUUCCCAGGAAGGUUUGAACCGAUUCCACUAGGGACCUCAAGAAGAGUUGUGAAAAUGACUCAUCGUCCAGUGAAUCCAUUUUGGGAUUUAGACUUCCUAAAUGAAGUCAGGAAUUAUCAGGACUGUGAAUACUUUACAAUCUGCCUCGACGGAACGUUAAAAGUUUGGACAGAUAGUUUUAAAAAUGCAAAAACAUUUGCUCUCAAAAACAAAGAAACCAUGAAAGAUUGUUGCAGUGAUCAACAGAUGAUUGUACAUGAUAUGCUUUAUAUACCGGAGAUUUCAGAGUUAGCGGUCUGCACAGCUCAGAGGGAGGUGUAUUUUUAUGACUGCAAAGACCUUCACAAACAAUUCAAGAUAAAAUACUGUUUACUGGAUGAGGAAUUUACCACCAUGUCAUAUUAUUAUUCUGUUAGGAAAGGCAUGCUUUCAUUGGGUGAUAAAAUGGGAAAUAUUUAUAUACUUUUCUCUAAAGUCGUUGAACACGGUCUGUUCAGCAAAAACAUGUUUGAAAGCGUAUCUUUAAGGCCUUAUCCCACCAUACGAGUGUCCUCCCUGUUACAGAACACAGACACAGACUUUCUAUAUUUCAAACUUAACGUUUUUAAUGACUGGUGUUCUAAUGUGCAGUUUUAUCCACAGAUUAAUUCAUUUUUGGUUUGUGGACUGUCCGCGAAAAGGACGAUUCAGGUUAAGUUCUCGAAGAAGCUCAGUACUUCAAAACCCCAGUACACAAUCCAAACAUAUGAGUCUACAGGUAAGAUUGGUUUGUUCAUCUGUGCAACGUAUACCGCAGUGUAUAACUGCAUCGUGACGGGCGGUGAAGACGGAAAAUUGCGGUUGUGGAAGAAUGACGGCAGUGGUAAGUUGAUUCGUACUCUACAAAAGCAUACUGCAAGAAUCUCCCACCUCCUACAUAAUCCUAGAGAACAGGUAAUUAUUAGUGUGUCUGCAGACCAAAAUAUGUGUGUCUGGUCUGAAUAUGAUUGGGUCUGCAAGCAGAGUUUCAGAGCGGAUCACCUGAAGCGUGACCCAAUCACGUCUGUGUAUCUGAACACUUACAACAACGAGUUAAUAGUCAGUAAUACAGACAUGGCAAAGACGUUGGGAAGAGGGACCAAUCUUUAUCAAGAAACGAUGACAUCACACAACAUGCCGCUGUGUGGAGCGCUCUACGACAGCGCUUUCAACCAGGUUCUCUCUAUUUGCCAGAAAGGUGAAGUGAAGACAUGGGAUUUACUGACUGGAGAGGCUGUCAUGCAGUUCAGCACCAGACCAGAUAAACCUGUGGGGCAAACCAUCCUCACGUUCGAUGAUUCUGGUCGCAAAAUCAUCACGAUGUCUGACGAUCUGACAGUCAGACUGUGGAACUUUUACAGCGGGCAAGAGAUUACUGCUCGUGAAGUUAAACUGCCAAAUCAAGCAACAUGCAUUGUCUGCAGAAAAGGCAAAAUGUUUAUCUCUGUGAAGAAGUCAAACAACAUUUUGAUUGUGGAUUAUAGAGGGUAUAAGAAGACGUACUUGGAGCAUAGGUUUUUAGAAGAUGUUUGCAAGAUGGAGUUCCAUGGAGAUAAACUGAUCGCAAUAUCCAGUGGUGGAAGUGUUGUUGUGUGGGAUUUAAACGCAUUUGAACAUGAGAAUAAUUUGGAAAGCAACCAAACUUCUAGAAAGGAAGCGGUUGAGCCAAUCUGUUUAAAGCUGAGCCUGCAACCCUGUUCCAGAGACAAACUCAUCAGAGACGGUGAGUGUAAACCAGAGGGCAAAGACACAUUUCAUAUAGGCCCUAUAGUGUCUCUGAGGGCAAGAGAUGGGAGUAAAGGUGCAGCCACACUGCUGAUGGCAGUAGACGGCUACAUUUAUGCCUUGUCAACUACAGCUAGCAGCGGAGUGGUGGGGAAAUUUGAAGCAACAGAAAAGAACAGGGCCACGAUCACAUGCAUGACGGUUGAUGAAGGAAAUGCAACUUUACUGACCGGUGACAGCACUGGGAAAGUUUGCAUUUGGGAUAUCAACAAGUUUUGUGUUGAGGUGAAAACCAACAAUGAACGCAGCGUUUCUCCGCCUCCGCUGGUAAGAGCUUGGAAUGCUGGAGUUAGCAUGUUGGUCAGUAUUAUAUAUUUUUCUGCUGAUCAGAGAGUUAUUACUGCAAGUCACGACCAGAAUCUGACACUGUGGACAUACUGCGGUGAGAACAUCGGUGUCUUUGGGAGACAUAAUUGGAAAGAUCUACCCUAUUAUGUACAACUGAAACAAAUGGAAGACAAAAAGAAACCUAAAGUAGAAGUGAAAAAAGAAAAGAACCCAGAAAUUUUGGAACUGAUUCGUGCCUGUUAUGUUUCCCAGAAAAAUAAGGAUUCGAUCAUGCACACGGAGGAGGAUAGUUUAGAUUCGAUGCAGGACGACAUUGAAAAUUUGUAUGAGUGGCUCGGCUAUGAUGGAUUACAGGAUAAGGAACGAACCAGAUGUAACGAUAUGGAUCCACAGAUUAAACAGGCUGGUCCUCCGGUUGCCACAAAGCCCAGCGUAACCAGUCAGAGGACAAAUCAUACAGAGGACAAGCAGAUAUCAGUAAAAUCAUCUAGAAAGUCCAUGCUUCCAAAGAUGAAAAGGGCUGUUCCUCCUGUCGCUGCUAAGCCCUCCAGCUUAACCAGUCAGAGCUCAGAUGAAGAUGCAAGUGAGACGUUGGAUGAGCAGAAAUCUGUUAAAUUACCACUACUAAAAAAGUCCAUGCUUCCAAGGGCUGUUCCUCCUGUCACCACUAAGCCCAACUUAACCAUUCAGAGGACAAAGCUGCCAAAUAAAAGUGUGGACAAGCCGCUUUUAAAGGAUUCGUCACCAGUAACAGAAACUUCUCCUGCUGUCUCCCAAGCUCCCAUAAACUUAGUCACACAGAAGACAUCAUUUUUAGCAGAAAUCGUGGCAGACAAACGCUCUACUGUAAAACUGCCACCUAUAGUCCCAAAGUCCACCAACACAAGCAGACUGAGGAUGAAAUUAGGAGACAACGUAAGGGCAAACAACAGAUUUGAGAGGUCUGUAAAGUUGCCAGUCGUAUCAGAAGAUGAGCAGGUUCAACUCGCAUCACUAAUUCGUGCCCCUGUCACCCAAAAGCCCGCCGAUUAAAGCAGACAGAUCAGACCUGCAGUUGUAAAGAAGACGGUGGAUGGGAAGGAUUCUGGAACAUCUCCAUCGGGAUCAAAAAGGACGUUUCCUCCCCAGACCCUACAGCCUCGUCCACCUGCCACCACAAAGCCCUCCACCUUAACCACCAACAGGAGAAAAUUAGUUGUUAAACCACAGUGAACCCCUGAAAUAGUUACAGAGCCUGGGACUUGUUAACCCUCUCUGGUAGGAGAACAGAUUUGUAGAAGAAGCCAAAAUAUUAAGAUGAACCAGAAAACAAUGGGCAUUAGGAGCCUUACUCCCUUAAGGUGGAAGUUUAGAAGUUAAUAGAAGUUUAGCAGUUAACCCUUACCCAACGUUUAAAUUUUCUAACGUUAAAGUCAUUAGAGCACAAAAAUGCACUUAGAAAGCUUCCUUUAGAAAUAUUAUAUAAUAUUUCAUAAGUCCCAAUUUUUUUACAUGAAUUUCAUCCUUGGCUUCAGCCCUAACAAAAUAUAAUAAAAUAUGUGUGUGUUUCUCA